AUGAAAGUUAGAAGUGGUUGUUCCUAAUAUCCAAGUCUCUUACAAAUAUUCAUCAUAGUCUUUUAUGUCUUAAACACUGUGAUGACGUAUAUACAUAUUAUGAUUCUCGAAGAACAUACUGCACAUUACAUAAUUUUCUCCAUUUUGCUUUCAAUUUCAGGUUAUUUUUGUAUAAAAACCACUAUUUGUGAUCCCACUGAUAGUUAUGUGAUUUAAUAAUAAAAAAGUAGAGGUACACCUUUUGAUUACGAAGAACAUCAACUCAACUAAUUUUGUGAACUUUGCAUAGCAUAUGUGAAGGAGACCACAAAACAUUGUAAAUAAUGUAACAGAUGUUGCGAAGACUUUGACCAUCAUUGUAGAUGGAUCAAUAAUUGUGUGGGAGGAAAAAAUUAUAAAUAAUUUAUAGGAAUGAUCGUCUUUACGUUUAUCAUCCUAAUUUAUUCAAUUAUUGUGAAUGGCAGAGUGAUAAGUUAAUACAACAAAUAGGAACUAGAAACCUUAACUAUCUAUUCUAAAUAUAAAAGGUCCCUACUAAUAAUCACCAUAGUGUUGUUAGUUCUGGAAACAAUUGCUUCACUGCUUCUCCUCUAAUUAAUAGUUUUUCACAUAUAUCUUUGGAAAAAAGGUAUUUCAACUUAUGAAUAUAUAAUAUAAAGGAGAAGUAAAUAAGUUUAACCUUCCAAUUUCUCAGAAUUCAAUAUUAUCAAUAAUCAAGAGAGCAAAAUGGAUAUUAUUAAAAAUAAUCGAGAACAAGAAGAGCAAUCAGUCGUGUUUAGAAAAGAUAAGGAAAAACAGGCAAGCUAAAUUUAUACGAAUUCCGAAUUGAUGAAAAAGGAUGAAUCGCUUUGUUCUUCAAAGAAAAAUAGUUAAUCUAUAUUGUAAAAGCGAAAACUCACACAAGGAGACAGUGACGAUUCUCAAAAGGAAGGCGUUAUCAAUUUCUUUUCUUAACGAAUCUAAUCGAAUGUAGAUCUUAGAUUACAAAGUCGCUAAAUGAAUACCAUUGAUGUUAAAACACCUGAGAUAACCCAAUUUUAAUGA